UCUGCUUUGAUCGGAGCUCUUUUCCUUCACACAUUCCAUCUUACUGGCCUGCAAUGCUUCGUGUAUUCGGUCAGCGUCUCCUGUCGCGCACAGGCCCCGCCAACGCCCCGCGCUUCUUCCACGCAUCGGCCGCUGCCCUGCACGGCGAUAUGUCAAAGUUCGCCAACAAUCCAACUGUGCACAUCAAGUUCAAACUGCGCGACGAUUCUAUCAAGGAGGUGGAGGCCAAGACGGGUAUGUCCAUUCUGGAUGUGGCCCACGCCAACGAUAUCGACCUAGAGGGCGCCUGCGAGUCGUCCAUGGCCUGCUCCACCUGUCACGUGAUCCUGGAAGACCCCGUGUUCGAUGAACUGGAGGAGGCUUGCGAGGACGAAGAAGAUAUGUUGGACAUGGCGUUUGGGCUCACCGAUACGUCCAGAUUAGGCUGCCAGGUGUUCGUGACCGAGGACUUCGAGGGCACCACAGUGUCGCUCCCCAAAGCCACACGCAACUUCUACGUCGACGGCCACGUACCCAAGCCACACUAGACUCCUGCAGAUUUAAUGAAGACGUGCACGGAACAGCCUCGACACGUUUAUUUAGAUUCCAGAGAGCUCCGGUACCUUACACGCGACUUAAAUAAAGGAUAUUGGCUUGAUCGUACUAGCUAACUACAUUCGUUGCCUGCUUCAGGUCCAGUACCGGUUACCUCUGGCUGCUCCAUACUUGGUGAGUUUAAUACUUUGACUUCCAGUUCAGUCUCCAGUUCCAGUUCCAGUGAGAACGCAGUGU